AUGCAAAAUCAGACCUCCGUCCGUCUCAAACCCGUUCAUUCCAGCUCGGCAAUACUUCGAUCCCAGCCCUCGGCAAGCCCCCUCUUCUUCAGUACUCAUCAAAGGGUUCACCCAAAGGCUCAUCUUUCUGGGCCGGCCACGGCGAAUUCCACACAUCUUCAUCAGCCACACCUCGUCUCCCUCAACUGGUUCAAGAGACUGGAUUCAUGGGGCAGUAGAAGCACAAUUAUCCCUCGGACGAGAAAGCGACUUGGAUCCGGGAUCUCGAGUCUCUCAGGCACCUGGAGGCACGAGGCAUCAUCGCAUGCAACUCAUACCAGCGUCUGGAAUCCAUUCAUGUUAUUGAACAAAGUCAGCAUCGCCCUGAAUCUGAUCGUUCGGCCCCGGUUUCCCAUGAACGAAUCCUCCGACAGGAAAGCCUUUUCGCCAAUCCGAUGGUGGGUGCUCAGCGACAGCAUGUUCUUCCCCGUCGAGAAGACCUGUAUAGCGCACACGGUACCGCCGUCGCGACAGGAGUCCUUGCUUUCUAUCGACGAUGGCUCAGAGGAGUCUUCAACCCAGGCCCUUUCGUACAGGCCUCUCGAGCACGCACAAGAGUAG